AUGCUUCUCUUCUUCUGGAUUUUACUGAAGGUCCUAGCGGAUCAUCAAACGGAUGGGUUUGUAGUGGAUACAUUCAGUCGAGCAGAUUCCAAUAACCUCAAUUCUUGGCAUGGAACUGGAGAGCAUAUGCCUGUUCAGUAUGGGGACAAUUACGUUGAGCUCUCGCCUACUGAUCCCGACCAAAAUUAUCACACCCAGUUUUCAUCCUACUGCUUUGAUAUGGGACCCUACGAUAAUAUGUAUCUGCACGUUGUCUUCUCUGGGACCGACAAAUUUAGUAUUUCGUUCAACGAAAACAACGAUCAGUGCGACCCACGCGUACGCCCUUACCCAGCUACAUGGGAUACGGUUGAGGCGGCACGAUAUGCCAGGGAUGGUCAUAUAUAUGUACCGUUGUCCCAUUUCGCCAUCGACAUGUCAAAAGCUCUCUCUGUGUCGUUCCAUGGAUUCUAUACCCGCGAAAACGUGACCCUCUACAGAGUGGAAAUCGUCCCCGAAGUGCCUCGAUAUUUUGAGAUACCCCGAAAGCUGCCAAGUGGUACCAUGGUGCUGAGAUGCCGACGACCAAAUUCAUUUGCAUUUGGGAUUGACGAUGGACAACCAGAGUUUGCUCAAGAGGUAAUGCAGAUCAUAGAGGAAGAGGGAAUUCUGGUGACCUUUUUCGUUGUUGGGACAGGCCUGAUGACCAAAGACACCAAUUUCACCGAGGUAUAUAGAGAGAUGCUGAGGCGGGGUCAUCAGAUUGCGCUCCAUUCAUAUACGCAUCCAAAGAUGGAGAGCUUGCAGAGUAUCCAGGAGAUCGAUGAAGAAAUUUUGAAGAGCAUAGACGCUCAAGAAAAUUUGUUAGGUGUCAGGUCCCGCUAUUUCCGCCCUCCUUUCGGAACCGUCGGAUCCAGAACGCGACAGAGGCUCGCUGCGUUGAUUCCUGACCCCUACAUUGUCAAUUGGAGCGUCGACAUUGAGGAUUGGCUGUACGCAGAUUCAGAUACACCGGAGAAACAGCUGGAUGCCUUCAAGCGCGACGUGAGUCGAGGCGGGGAUCUGGUUGUGAUGCAUUACCUGAGUCCUUCGACGGUUGGGUAUUUUCGAGAGGUGAUCCGUAUCGCUAAGGCUACAGGAAAGAGAAUCAUGAGAGUAGAUCAGUGCAUGGAUGACCCCGAUGCCCCAGCGCUUCCCUGA